AUGACAGCAGUGUGCCUCCUUGUGUUGGGGAGGUAUGCAUUCAACAGGAUUCGCAGAUACCCCAACAACCUGCUGUUCUUGCUGAUCCUCACUGCUGCGAUGGCGUCCAGCAUCAGCACUGUGGUGGGCCGGUUUGAAAGCGCACCCUUGUUUCUGAUGGUCAUCCUGGCAUUUUCUCUGGUCCUCUUCCUGGCAGCCAUCGCCUCCAUGACACGGGUGGAUGUCACCAACUGGGUCCCCCUGCUCAUGUCCUCCUUCAUCGUGACCUUCAGUGCAGCUGUUAUUGGUGCGCUGUGGCUGAAUGCCGUGCUCGGGAUCGUGAUAGCGGCAACAGGGAGCAUGGUAUUUGCCAUGUAUGUAGUUUACGACGUGCAGUCCUUGUUGGCGGACACGGACAAGUGUCUGGACCCCGACGAGUACAUCGCUGGUGCAUGUGCCCUCUAUCUGGACAUGGUCAAUAUUUUCACAGGCUGUUUGUCGAUAUGCAAGGGGAAGUCGAAAUGA